AUUUCAGYUCUGCAUGCAAUUUUUUGGGAAUCAAAAUGGUGCAUGUUACAGUUAGAAGUAAAUAUUGUUUAGGAAAACUUCCCAUACUAAAAGUCAGAAUUAUAAAUGGAAAUCUUAGUGAAUAAGUGGGUAAAAGAACAAUGAGUGCAAAAAUUAAAUUAGUAGUGGAAUGGAUGGAAAAUAAAAACAAAAAAGUGAAUAAAACAUGAAACUGUUAAAAGAUGUUUUUGCUCUAUGUUUUGCAUGUCAGGUUCUAAGUUAAAUUUAGACUUCACACAAUCUCAAGAUAAAGAUAUAGAUUUCAUUAACAUUCAUGAAGAAAUACAGUUGGAUAGCAAAGCAACAAGAAAUCAAAAUAUAGGAGGUGCAAUUCAACUGGGAAAAAAGAAAAAGAAAACACAAGCUAAACAACCAGGAUAUGCAAGAGAUUUAAAAUCUACCAGCAGUUCUGAGAAAAAGGGAAGCAUGAUAUCAAAGCCAUCAAAUCAAGAAACAUAUGAAACCCUAAAGAACCAGGACUGUGUAUCUCAGGAAACAGAAACUAAGCAAGAGACAAACCUCCAUUCACUUGAACAGACACCAGCAGAGUGUGGUAAAACCAUUGAAAUUGGAGGACAAACAAGUACCAAUCAAGCAAAUACUGCUGAGGGUAGUGCUCAGAUCAUGAAAUCAGAUGUUGAUGAUUUUGGUGGGGGCAUUGAUGAUAGUGAAUCUUUUAAAAAAGAAAUAGAAACUAACAGAAGUGAGUGCCAACAGCUCUAUUCUAUUGGAACCCCAACAUCCUCUGAAGAAAAUCUAAGUGGAGGUGAUAUCRCAGAACCACAAGAAGAAGKYRUUGAAAGCAUAGAACCAAUAGAUGCAGACAGCAAAAGUGACAACUAUAGACUUGAAAGUCAGCAAGAUCUUGACAAAGAGAACAAGGAUAACAAUGAGAGUGAAGAUGAAAGUUGUCAAAGUGAAGAUGAUAUACAAUCCCAUGUAGAUCUUGAAUCACAAACAAUCAGUAAGACAAGUACAGAUGAUAAAGAAAAAUUUGAUAUAGAARAAAAAUCUGUGAAAGAAGACAGUAAGACUAUGGGAAAUGAUGAUAAAGAAAGUCAUAAAGAAAAGAUGUAUGAAUUUAGUGUUGAUGCUGAGGAUAAACUUACUAUAAUGGAACAAGAUAUCCAGUUUCAAAUUUCAAAUUUAAAAGAAGAUGAAGAGUGUUUGGCCAACCUUAAAGCACAUUUGAUAGAAAAUUACUCCAAUGUAGAAACUCUAUACUUGAACAAACAAAAUGAAUUGGAAAAUCAUAUUAAAGAAGAAUCAACKGCUAUUGCUGAAGAUAAUUAUGACUURGCMGAGGAACUUGCUGUCAAAAUUCAACAAGCUAAAGAAGAUUUGGAAAAGAUUAAGUACAAAGCUCCGGUUUGUGAUAUCAAGGUUCAGGAAACAUUAAAACUCUCAUCUGAGCUUGCUGCAAGAACACUGUCAAUUCACYGUGAAGCAGAAAGUAGCUUACAAGAAUUACGAGAAGAACAAGUUGCMAUUUUAGAUUAUCAUAAUGAAGAAAAUGGCUCUAAAAUAUCCAAAGAAAAACAACAUUUAAAUCUAGAAAAACAGCGAAUUGARCGAACUCGUGCUCAUCUUUCACUCGAUAGUGAACAUCUUAAGAAAGAAGAUGACGCACUUGAGGAAGAAAUUAAUGAAAGAACAGCAAAAUUUGUAGCUCGCAAGAAAGAGUUAAUGAAAGAGCACCAGCUGAUCAAGCAAGAAAUUUCAGAUUUGGAAGAAAGAUUAAAACAGCUAAGGUUAAAAGAAUCUAAGUAUAGAGACGAUAUCAAUGGGGAAGAAAUCAAGAUAGCAGAGAUUUUAGAAGAGUUCUUGCCACAAAGAAACGCUCUUGAUGUCCAAAGGAAAGACCUAGAAUAUCAGGAAAGGCUUCUUGAUGAUCAACAGGAAGCUCUAGCCUCGAGUCAAGAGGCUUACAAUAAUGUAAUUGAUGAGUGGAAUCGUAGGAAACUAAGGCUUUCAGAGUUUCUCGACCGUCUCCAGUCAGCCGUUGAAAGAAACAAUGCAAUGAUCGAGCAUCUGGAGGAGAGACGUGGAGAACUAGAAGAUUUCCAGUGUUUAAAGCAUCUUUCCUUAAAUGCUGACCCAAGUCUGGAUAAAUUAAAGUCAUCUGCCCAGCGGUCGCAUCAACAGAUAAAGACACUGCAUGCCAAAAUUAAUCUAUCAAAUAGAACAGCCGCGUCACUUAGGAAAAGUCUAUCUGAAAUUGAAGCCCAGAUUUCAGACAGAAACGAGGCCAAAGACAUCGCAAAGAAAGAAAGAAAUUUCAAAGAAGCAAAGAGACUCAAGGAAGAAAGUGAAGCCUUGAACAUCGAAGGAAUAGAAAACCAGAAAAAGUUGGAAACUGUUCUUCAAGAUUUGGACAGUGACACUGAAUUACUGAAGAACGUUGAAAAGGAUUUUAAAAAUAUAUCAGACAAUCUAAAGGAAGAAGAAUUUAAGUCAGCUAUCCAAKUAGUUAAUUCAGCUGCACAAGUACUCAAAGAAUUAGAGCGCAACGUUGAAAGAUAUACCAGGAAUGAUCUUCUGUACACUCUGCUCAAUGCUGAAAUAACAACUUGCAAGAACCUUAUCAAAGAGCUGUGCUCAAAGCAUGAGAUUAACGAACCAGUUUCUGAAUGCGAAGAAAACGAGCAAGAUUCGAAUGAACCGAGCAGUACUGAUGAUACUGUCGCGACUUCUCAGAAUGUCACCAGUGUUGACAAAGUAAGCUUGCAGCGACGUUUAGAUGAAUUGGAGGUUAAGCUAGAGGUCGUCGUAGAACUCGAAGAUUUUGACGAAGCUGAACGUAUACAACAAGAGAUUGAUGAAGUAAAAGCAAGGCUAUAAUGAGAUGAGAAUACGUGUAUAAAUACAGUUUGUUAUGCGAAGAAAGGUAUUUUAUUUGUAAUAAAGACAUUUGUACACAUA